AUGGUCCUCGCCGAGAUUCGUGAGAUUGGAGAAGAUGAUAAGACGCAUCGUUGGAAGAGAGAUCAGACGACGGCUUCGACUGAAAUUAGCGGCGGAGGUGACGUUGCGUCAGCCGACGGGACCAGCGGGUCAUAUGGUGGCGGUGGCGGUGGCGGGGCGGGUGAUUGCUGGCGGCUGCGACAGGAUGUGGUUGCAUCUGGUUGGUCGUGGCGUCAACGUGAUGCCCUCGAUCUCGCCGUCAAUACCAUUGUGGCAGUGGCAGACUGUGGUGGCUGCAGGUACGGUGGCGGUGGCGUGUUGAUGUUUCGGCGGGGAUCAUGGUGUCUGCCGACGUAG